AUGACGUCACUAAAAGAGAACAGUGACGUCACUGACGCCGGUAACGUGGAAGAAGAGAAGAGUAGUAAAGUUGAACGAAAAGAGCCGAAAGAGUUGGCCGAACUGCCGCCGAGUGGCACCUCGCUGCAUAAGAGACGUAGAGGGGAGCCGCCUGCUUCACUAUCUGUCAGAUCUCCACAAAACUCUGACCCUGAAGGUCCUUCUCCCUGCACAGCAGGUCCAUCCCCUCCAGAAGAAUACUGGUCUCCUAACGAUGUGGAACUUGCAGAUCCAGACACAAUAUGCGAGACCAUGCUGCAAAGGUUACGAGAUCAGAAUGAUGCCAUUUCCAAGCGAGGCAAAGAAGUGGCUGAGAAGACGAAAGACACUAUUGAGGCUCUGGAUCAGUUAGAAAAGCUGCUAGAACUGCUAGACCAGCUGGUGACCUUAAAAGAACAUAACACACGUCUUUUGAAAAGGUUGAAAGACGUGAACCAUUUGAAGAGACUGCACAGCGCCCACAAGAGGAUAGACAGUGAAAAUGAAAAGUUAAGGUCUGAGAGCAAAGAGUUGGAACUCAUAAAUGAAGCUUUAGAUGCUGAGUUUGAGAGUGAAUAUGGCCAAUUGCUCUUUGGCUCAGUUAUGGGCAAUAGGAGUAUGAAAAGGUCAGGAUCUAAAUGGAAAGGUAAUGCCAGGUUUGGAGGAUCGCUGCUGAGGAAGCAAAGAUCCAGGUCUGCAGGAGGGGAUGACAGUGAUGUGGCUCCUGGCACUCCUUUGCGAAGGAGAUCCGAAGGCAUUUUUAUGAAAGAAGUGGAGAAAUCUAAAGUUUCAAAAUGGACAAGAGUUAAAGCUGCAUUUAGAUGGGAAAAAGCCCAAUGGCCUCAAUCAGCGAUGGGUGGUGCAGCCGGCGCCGUGGCAGCUGGAGCCAUGGUGGGAGCUGUGGCCUUGGCAGGAUCCUCUCCAUCAUCGGCCACUCUUGCCAACCCUGAACCCCGCGACUCCGCCAGUUUGACACCUGGCAGCGCACUGUCCCUGACUCCUAACUCUUCGUGUGAAGAGCUGAGGGUUGAUUCUGGUAUGCGCAAGAGUGUGCGGGAGGAUGGCGACAACACAUUCCUGCAAGCUCCUACGCAGGAUGACAGUUCCACCUCACCAUCUCCGAACAAACUCCACAAGACAACUUGGAGUAAGAUGAAGGAUAUCAUCCAGCAAACUCGCAAGGAGUCUGUUAAAAAGAAGACCACUUCAACUUCAAAUCGAGGGUCCAAGAGUUCUCCUGACGUGGUGCCCAAGAGACGAAGGUCGCUCAGUGAUGGAGGAGACAGCGAUGCCCCACCAGCACUGACACUGACCAUCCCGUCUUCUGAAGAACUGGAAUCCGAACCCUCCCACCCUGUUCUUCGCAAGCAGCGAUCCUUGGAGCUGGGAGCCAGACCUCCUCAGCAUCGCCCUCCCAGGGCCUCCAAGUGGACUAAAGUCAAGAGGGCUUUUUUGACGUCAGCGUCAGCCUCUGUCCCGUCCAGUCCUAACAGGCACUCUGCGUUCUUCACUGAUGCAGAAACAGAGGGUCUCAGUAGCGGCUGCGAGGCGAGUGGAGUACGAGAGGAAAUUGCAAGAGACUAUGCAGCACUCCAAUCCAAAUUGAGAAGAGAGUUCUCAGACAGGCGAGGGAAACUGUACGCAGCCGCUCGUCCUGUAGCUACCGAGGAGCAGUUGUCAGCAGACUUCCGCAAGAAGCUUGCUGAGUGGCAGCUUAAAAAGGGAGUCAAGCAGCCACUACCCAUCCCAGCCAGACAGGAUCUUAGCGAGGACUUCCUAAAGAGAUGGGACGAAUGGAAACGCAUGAAGGAGACGAAUUCAGUACCAGCCUGGGAAGAGGAAGCUAAACCCGAUGAGGUGCUGGUACAAACGUCUACAGGACUCUUUAAAUUUCAAGGUAUAUCUCGAUCAUUUACUCGUAAGUUACACGAAUGGGAGAAGUCUCGUGGAAUUGCUCCAGAAGCCUCCACAUCAGCUCUCCUUAGAGCAGCAAAGGCCCGCACCAGCAAAGUUCCCCAGGCACCUCUCACCAGGACGCAGUCUGAUGGAAGCGUGGCUCCAUCAACUGCUGGAUCUGGUAGACUCCAUGCUUCAAGUCUCAGUGUCAACGAUGCUGAUGAUUUCGAUUCAGAAUAUGAGAGGGAACAUUCUCUUGAUGGCCUUGACGAUUGUGAUGGUCCAGAGACCCGAGGAGCUGUUCUUGUAGAAGUGGAAGAUGAAGAAAUUUGUACAGCAGCUCCCUUGGUUGCUGUGUCUCCUCGCCAUACUCCUCAGAAACCUGUCUAUACCUACGGACAGGCUGAAGCUAGGUUGCUGUGCGAAACCAGCUCUGCAGUCACAGGAACUGCUGUUCUACAGCCAAAUGGAGCUGUCAUCUUAUCCGAUGCCCGUAACGUUAAGUCAAAGGAAUCAUCUGGAGCGAGACCAAAAACUCGAGAACAGAACAAACACUCAGAGAAGGGCAGAAGGAAGAUCAUGAGACAACCGAGCAUAGAAGAAGAUGCCAUGUUCAUCAGAAAAACCAUAGAAGAAAUAGAAAGAGGAAGUUCUAGUCGCUUUAGAGAAAGAGAAGCCACUGAUAAUGAAACUCGUCACAAAAGUCCCGAGAGGAUUUCACCAGUUUUACAAAGAAAAGAAAUAGACAGAGAUUAUAGUCCAAAAGUCAACAAACAAAAAGAUAAUGAUAAAGAAAGAAUUAUUGAUGCCAAAGAUAGAGAUAGUAUUGAAGAAUGCAAAGAUGAUAGCAAAAAGAAAGAUUCAGAAAAAACUAAUGGUAAAAAGAAAACUAAAUGUAGAGCCAGGCUAGAGAGGGAGCAGUCGAAACCUUCAGAAAGUGACACGGAACCUGAGGUCGAUACUGUAACAGUGGAGAUACCGAGAAGAAGAAAACGACCAAGACGUGCAUCUGAGAAGCCUAGAACACCUCCAACUUCACUGCAUUCAGAUUCUGAGGGAGAAAUAUUCGUCCUCAAACUAAAAGCACCAGAACAACGUGACCAUUCUCCAGAAGUCAUUGUGAAAACCACUCGCAAAAUAUUCUCUCCAGUAGUUCGUAGUGGAGAGUCCGUACCCAGGGCUGUAAUACCAGUAAACGUUGAAGAUCUUGCUGAAGUCAGACCUUUAGAACAUCGAAAUGAAGGAAAGAAGAAAGAGACCAAAUCAGAAAAGGUAAAACCAGAAAAGACUACACGUUCCAAAAGUUCUGGUGACCUGCAAGAGGCUGAAGAGUUGAAGAAGAGGACCAGGCCACCACUGCCAUCUUCACCUUCAUCACAAAGAAAGCCACAGCCUCCAAAAGAAACCGCACCGUCCAUCCGGAUUAUGAUACAGCGUUACAAUAAGAAGAUUAAUGAGGAAGGACAUACAUCGCCAGUCAGCAGUGGAGCAUCUUCACCCGCCUGGAGAUCCCCCUCCACUGAACGUCGAAGACCUCCCGAUAUGCCUGUGGGUGUAAACAUCAGAAAUAACCCAUUCCUAGAGAGGGAAGUCCAAAAAUCAGCGAGCGCCUGUCAACUGUCCAGACGCGACGCUACUUCAGCGGAGAAGCGCCUGACGCCAGCACCUGCAGCAGGACUAGAUGGUGUUCUAAAAUCCCAUAGUGCUAAUGCCUUACACCCAGAGAAAACAGUCAGAGAUAUAGCUGACACCUCAAGUAAAAAGAAAGAAGACAGUCAAGAAACAAUAAUGCCCACAGCUAGUACUGACACUAUAGUACCAAACCCAAGAAUUCAGCCAGAAACCUCGUCAAUAACUGCUGAAUCUCUGCCAGCUUUGAGACAUGUAUCUGAUGUCACAGUCCCUACAUUCAGCAGCUACAUGUCUGGAGAACCAGGGCUAUUCGGGAGGUCUAUAUCUACCGUGGAAACCAGUAAUUUCCAGGAUUACGAAGCUGCAGCAGCCACGUUGUCUGAAAGAGCUGCGAAGAUUCGUGCUGCAAGGGAGAGGUUUUUAGCUUCGACGGUGCCUAUGAGGAGGGAAGGUACCAGUUCUGCAAGCGAUUUGAGGCCUGGAGACAGGUCGAGUAGAAUAAGUUGCGAGAGUGACGUCACAGAAUCCCAAGGCUCCAGCACCCAGGAAUCUGCGGCGUUGGGCCGGAGUGCCUCCACGGGGAUGGUCAACGUGGACAGAGAGGCUUGGCAAAGGGUGGCUGAAGGCUCCCGUCGGGAAGGUCGGUCCCACCGCUCCCGAUUCAGCCUGGCCCGCUUGGCAGCUAAACUGCGGCGACGUGACGAGGGCGGUGCAGUAUCCCGACUCUGCCGCCAAAGUCUGCUAGUCCAGCUCAUCAAUAAACAUUAA